GUUGCUGUCCAGCUUCCACUCACCUGCCUCUCUCUCUCUCUCUCUCUCUCUCUCACAUGGUGCUUCUUCUUCUUCUUCCUUCGGUCUACGUGAGCUCCACUACUCCUCCCCACGUCUAGGGUUUAUACACCCACCUUCCCUCCCAAAACGUCGACUUUCGAGCAGGGCAGGUCGAGAUCUCCCCGGAAUCCUCCAAAUGCCCGGCCGGCGAGCGCUUCCAUGACCUUGCGCCGCCGGAUUCUUUGAUUUUCUUGCCAAAUCAAGAAAUGGGUCAGGACGGGUUCACCCCCCAGAAGCGGACCUCCUCCUCCCUGCCGACCACCGCCGCCAACGGCCGGCACGCGUCCCGCAUCAUCCCCCGGGGGCGGCAGAUCCAGAAGACGUUCAACAACAUCAAGAUCACGCUCCUCUGCGGCUUCGUCACGAUCCUCGUCCUCCGCGGCACGAUCGGCGUGGGCAACCUCGGGAGCUCCGACGCCGACGCCGUCAACCAGAACCUGAUCGAGGAGACCAACCGGAUCCUCGCCGAGAUCCGGUCCGACUCCGACCCCAUCGACCCGGACGACCCGCCCGAGGCCGAGAUCAAUCUCAACGUCACCUACGCGCUGGGCCCAAAGAUCUCGACUUGGGAUACCGACCGCAAGAAUUGGCUCGAGAGCAAUCCCGAGUUCCCCAGCCACGUCAAUGGUAAGCCUAGGAUCUUGCUCCUAACUGGGUCGCAGCCGAACCCUUGCGAUAACGCGAUUGGGGACCACUAUUUGUUGAAGGCUGUUAAGAACAAGAUUGACUAUUGUAGGAUUCAUGGGAUUGAGAUUGUGUAUAAUAUGGCUCAUUUGGAUAAGGAGCUUGCUGGGUAUUGGGCCAAAUUGCCCAUGAUUAGGAGGUUGAUGUUGUCACACCCUGAGGUGGAGUGGAUUUGGUGGAUGGACAGUGAUGCUUUGUUCACUGAUAUGGUGUUUGAGAUCCCGCUUUCGAAGUAUGAUAAGCACAAUUUGGUUAUUCACGGGUACCCUGAUCUGUUGUUUGAUCAGAAGUCGUGGAUUGCUUUGAACACUGGAAGCUUUCUCUUUAGGAAUUGCCAGUGGUCAUUGGAUUUGCUUGAUGCUUGGGCACCGAUGGGCCCGAAGGGGCCAAUCCGUGAUGAGGCUGGGAAGAUUUUGACUGCUAAUCUGAAAGGAAGGCCGGCUUUCGAGGCGGAUGAUCAGUCUGCUUUGAUAUACUUGCUGAUCUCUCAGAAGGAUAAGUGGAUGGAUAAGGUGUUUGUUGAGAAUUCUUAUUAUUUGCACGGUUAUUGGUUGGGAUUGGUGGAACGGUAUGAAGAGAUGAUUGAAAAGUAUCAUCCUGGUUUGGGAGACGAGAGGUGGCCAUUUGUGACUCAUUUCGUGGGUUGUAAGCCUUGUGGGAGUUAUGGGGAUUACCCAGUUGAGAAGUGCCUAGGAAGCAUGGAGAGGGCAUUCAAUUUUGCAGACAAUCAAGUGCUCAAACUGUAUGGGUUCAGACAUCGGGGCCUGUUGAGUCCCAAGAUCAGGAGAAUACGAAAUGAAACUGUUACUCCUUUGGAGUUUGUAGACCAGUUUGAUAUUCGCCGACCGGUACAUGGAAAUAGCAGAUCAUAGAAGCCAGUGAGAAAAGGUUUGAAUGUGUUUAGUUAUGCAGAGUAAUGCCAAUCAUCUGUGAAGUUCACUUGAUUUGUUCUGUUGUUUCAGUAAUGUUACCGACAUUGCAAGGGUAGACAUUUUUUUAUUAAAAGAGUAACUCUUCUGUUGAACUUGUUUGGGCAUCUCUGAAGAAUAGUGAUUAUACCAUAUAAUUUCCUGUUAAUUUUAUAUGUUCUUUCAAAGACAUCAAAUUUGUCCA